AUGCCAAGAGUCUUUCCACUUCCAAAGCCAAAGGUCAAAACCAGAUGGGAGAUGUUUGCAGAGCUCAAGGGCAUCAAGAAGCACAAGAGAUCCAGAAAGGUCUAUGACCCCUCAGUGGAUGACUGGGUCCCUCGUUGGGGUUACAAGUCCAUAAAGAAGAACAAAGUCAAUAGACCUCCCAUUAUAGAAGUCAAGGAUGGCGAGGAGGGAGACCUAUUUGAAAAGAGAUCAACCAAACAGUCCAUAAUGAAGGCAAGGCAGAAAAUGAGAGAGCUCCGUAACAAAAUGGAGGCACAGAAUCCCGAUGAUAGGAAAUCGCAAUUGUUUAGAAAUCUCCAAAGGGUAAAAGAGUCCACAAAGGGCUGUGGCAAGUUCGGCAAGGGUGCCAAGAAUAAAGUCAAAAUCGCAAUUAAGAGGAAGCCAAAGACAGAGUCUUUGGAGUCAGAGAAGAAAUCAUACCUCUCAAGCAUAAAAAAGUUACAACUUUAA